AAGAUUGCUAUAGAAAUGAGACGCUAGAUAUCGUUCCCGUUUUCGGAUUUGAUUGUAAAAUAUUGCGGAUUCUGUGGAAAUUGUCUGUUCCAUUUAUAUCUACCUAAUGGAAACAUUUUCCUGUUUUGAAAUGACUUGUAUGAAGAGGCCGGUUACGAAAGAGUAAGCAGUUAGCAGUCACUUGUCAAGACCAAAGUUACGUACUCCAGUCCCAUACGUCGAUUUACACACUUGAUUGAACCUGAAAGAUUGAGAUGUCUACCCUCCAUAAGUUUAGCAUUCGCACACCAUACCCAAUCUCACAAAACCAGCUGAGCAGCAACGGCACCUACCUGGCUCUCCCAUUCACCAAAUCUUCCAUUGGCGUGUGGAGCCUACAAAGCUGGCAGUCAAAGCCCUUAGAGUUGGUCGCUCACAAGAGACGGGUUUCGGCCAUUGCCUUUGGCUUUAGACACAGCCCCACACUCCUCUGCACCGCUGGGUCAGAUUACAUCAUCGUCUGGAACGUGGAGAAGGCUAGAACUACCCAUGAUACAGGUCAGCAGAUUCGAGGCACCAUCAUUGGGACCAACUAUGAUGAACCUCAGUAUGUUGCCUUCAAUCCAGAUGAUAAUCUAGUGGCCCUCUGUGUGGAGAAUGAAGUUCUAAUCCUUGAUGCUCAGAAAGAGAGACUUGACAUGAGGUUAGAAGGUCACACAGCCCUGGUGACCUGUGCUGAGUUUUGCCUGCAUUCACCGGACACCGUGGUAUCAGCUUCUGAAGAUAGAACAUUCAAAGUUUGGGAUAUUGCGACACAGUGUCUCAUAUACCAAUCAAGCAUUAUAUCAGCUUCUCCAUUCCUCUGUCUUGCCAUUGAUCCAUAUUCUCAAUGUGUAGCCCUGGGUACAACGGACGGACAGGUAAGGAUGUAUGACCUGUCGGAAGGAAAGGGUUUCCGAUGUCUACACCACGUUGACAUAGCCAAGCAUCUUAGACAACAGAACAGACUCAAGGCGGAACAAAAGGCUUCAACUUCAUCACAAGGGCCUGCUACGAUCAGCAGCAAACCAUCAUGGAAGAAGCAGGAAGCAGACCAUUCCGUGGUCGAUGAGGAGGAGGACGAUGACGCUGCGGAGUGUGGGGAGAGCAUCCUGGGUCUUGGGUUCUCCAGCCCAAAGACGGCGCCAAAGGCUGGAGCUAGAGGAAAGGGCGAUCAUUCUAAUGUUCCUGCUUUCCUCUUACCAGACACCUCUCUUGUAGAAGAACUAAGUGACAGUACAUCUCAUCUUAUGAUAGGCACACCAGGUGCUCUGCUACAACUCAAUGCUGCGAGCUGUAUGGUGGAACAGUAUAUAGACUUCCAAGGACCCUUGCAAUCUGAUGAACACAUAGAUCAGGAGGAUGUUGUUCUGGGAGUAGCUGGGAAUUAUUCCUUUUCCUCAAGUCCUCAUGAUUCUCAGGUGACUUGUUUGAUCGGGAGCCUGUUCCACAACUCUGUACACACCCUCGCCAUUGGAUGCGAUGCGAGCAGAAAACCAGAUUCAGACUCGGCUGCUUGCAAACUCUCUCAGAUGAUGGAAAAGUCCUUGGAUAUCAUCACUACAGAGUCCGAUGGAGGCAGCUCAAACACCCUUGAAAUCUCUGUCAUUCCAAAUACUCCCGUUGCGGAGAAAUCACUCCUGCGCUCAGAGCUAGUACCUAAGUCCAAAGCCGUGGGAUCUACUAGUAAGAAGUCUAAAUCAGCCGGGACUAAGAAUGUGAAGGCCAAAGAUCAACCUUUGACCUUUAAGUCUAAAGUAAGCUCAUCAGGGUACUCGGAAACUUCAAGAACCAAGAUGUUUUCUCCCCAAACCAAGCAGGCAUCAAGUAAAAAGGCGACCAUUUCGAUACAGAAAUCAUCCUCUGCACCUGGAAUCAGUUCUUUAUUGAAAGAGUAUUCUGUUGAUUCGGAGCCACCCAAGACCCUGAAAACCAAGCUUGUCGUGAGUGAGCAGGGAUCUCCCAUCAAUUCAAUCAGUUUCUCAGAUGAUGGUCAAAGCAUAGCCUGUGCUAUGGCAGAUAAAUCAGCUCAGAUCCUGAAGAUGCCCCUGACUGGCAAAGGAACUGCAUUCUCAGGUCAUAAUGGUGCAUUGAACAGUGCAACAUGGAGCCACCAUAACCAAUGGCUUCUAACUACGUCGGAUGAUAAGACUGCUCGGAUAUGGACUAGAGGGCUAGCAGAUCCCGUCAUGACCUUUGACCGGGUCAAUAAUAAUUUUGAUUCUGACAAAGAGAAGGCCACAACAGGUGACAAAAGUAAUGCACUGUUUGGAAAGGAAAUCAAGCUAGGUCAGUUCUACUACGUGGAUCGCUUUGUGUUGCUGAUGUCUGCUAACUCACUCUUCAUGUACAAGUAUCAUCUCGACACAAAGGUGGACGACAUUAAAAGGUAUCAAACUAAUUCUCGCUACAAGCUUGUGAAGCAGUUUCAGAUGGAGAAAGCCCAGCAGAUCACUGCGAUGUCAGCCAUCAACACCUUCAACUCUUACAUUGUGCUGUGUGCUGGUUCAGAUAAAUCAAUAGAAGCCUUGGAUAUGAAUGUAGGAAAGACCGCUGCUAGGAUCGCUGAUGUUCAGAGCAGAGCUGUGCAUGUAAUAGCCCAGAAUCAGGGGUCUAUGUAUGCCAGUCACCCAUCUAGCAGCUAUGAUCUCUUUGCGACGUCAGCAGUCACAGAUGGGAUUAAAGUGUGGGAUCUUAGGUCCAAUAGGUGUGUGAAGCAUUUAGAGGGUCAUCUAAACCGAGCGCACCAUUGUGGAUUACGCUUCAGUCCAUGUGGGAAGUACAUCGCUACCGGAGCGGAGGAUAGAUCAGCAUAUGUGUAUGACUUGAGAGGUGGGACAUACAUAAGGAAGCUGUCAGGUCACACAGAGGUCGUGUCAGAUGUGACCUUUCACCCUCUAUAUCCUGAGAUUGUAACAGCAACUUUGGAUGGCAAGCUACGGCUGUACAGCGACAGAUGACAAUAAUCACUUUGAUCAGGACUCAUUUCU